AUGCUUCGUCCCCUGGUGGGCGUGAAGAAGACAAAGCUGGGGUUACGUGAGUUUGUCAAGCUCGGGGACUUCUUACAGCGCAUAGACACGCAGCAGCACACGGCGAGCAACGAGGUGUCCUUCAGCGUCACAGGCUUCGGCAAGUUCAAGGGCCAGCUCGCCAUCACCGCCGCCUACUCCCCCGCCGCGCCGCCGCACGAAGCCAGCCGCGUCGACAUCGCCUUCCAGUCGGCCACGCUGGCGCCCGCGGCGCUGGAGCAGCUGUUCCGCGCAAACUACGCGCUCCUGCUCUCCAUAUUCAACCCCGACGGGUGGCUGGACGUGACGUAUGUGGACGACGAGAUCAGGAUCGGGCGGGACGACAAGGGCAACGUGUUUGUGGUGGAACGCUGCUAA